CAGCCAUGUUGUAGGAAAUCCGUUUGUGGUGGAUUGCUACUGUAAUCCUACAGCAGUCUGGACGAUAUAUUUGAUCACGAUUUAAACCCAAACCUGGAGGCCUGGAUCAGAUUAGGUACAGCCAAGAAGAAACAGAUGAAAUUAAGACAUGAAUUGAGCUGCGGUGUGUAAACCUGAGAAAACAGUGAGAUCGGUUGGAAACCUUUUCCUGGACCGGAGCAGUCUGUUCAUCUGACAGAUAAUUUGACAGCAGUUGGUUUACUAGCUACCCCAGGCUCGACAAGGCAGGAAGAAAGCUUUCAUUUAGUGCUUAAAGUGAUCCCCCUCACCCCCUCCCUCCCCACAUUUAGCUAGCUAAAUUACGUUCCUGCCCAGUUGAUCUGCACUUCCUUAGUCUGCUAACCCCCUGCCGGAGAGGACGGCUGCGGAUCCAGAGGUGCUGUUGGAGGUAGCUAGCUAGCACGGCUAGUUCAUUUCACUAGCUAGCCUGCUAGCUACGCCUUGGAAUUCACACUAUUAGCUAACUGUUUCCUCCUGGGGCAGAUACGCCGAGAUGUCGGUGAUGAAAGACCAAACACCAACCAAACUGUCCACCACCGAUCGGCCCAUUAAAGCGGUGCCCUACCCCCCUGGCUCCAAGCUGACGGUAAAGGACCUGUAUGUAGACGGGAAGCCCAGUGUUGAGGUGCUCAAGACCCAUCUUGUUAAGGAGGGCCGUCUGGAGGAGGAAGCAGCUCUUCGCAUCAUCACUGAUGGAGCCAACAUCCUGCGACAAGAGAAAUGCAUGCUGGAGGUGGAAGCACCUAUAACAGUGUGUGGGGAUGUCCAUGGCCAGUUCUUUGACCUGAUGAAGCUGUUUGAGGUGGGCGGCUCGCCCAGCAGCACCCGCUACCUAUUCCUGGGGGACUAUGUUGAUCGAGGAUACUUCAGCAUCGAGUGUGUGUUGUUCCUGUGGACUCUGAAGAUCAACCACCCCACCACUCUGUUCCUACUCAGAGGAAACCAUGAGUGCCGGCAUCUCACAGAGUACUUCACCUUUAAACAGGAGUGUAAGAUAAAGUACUCUGAGCGUGUGUAUGAUGCGUGUAUGGAGGCGUUUGACUGCCUUCCCCUGGCUGCGCUCCUCAACCAGCAGUUCCUGUGUGUCCACGGAGGCCUGAGCCCCGAAAUCACCUGCCUGGACGACAUACGCAAGCUGGACCGGUUUAAGGAGCCCCCUGCGUUCGGACCCAUGUGUGACCUGCUGUGGUCGGACCCUGGAGAAGACUAUGGCUCUGAGAAGACCCAGGAACACUUUGCUCAUAACUCUGUUCGAGGCUGCUCCUACUUCUACAGUUACCCAGCAGUAUGUGACUUUCUGAUGAACAAUAAUCUGCUGUCAGUAAUACGAGCACAUGAAGCCCAGGACGCUGGGUAUAGAAUGUACAGGAAAAGCCAGACGACGGGUUUUCCUUCUCUGAUCACGAUAUUCUCUGCUCCGAAUUACCUGGACGUGUACAACAACAAAGCGGCGGUGCUGAAGUAUGAGAACAACGUGAUGAACAUCAGGCAGUUCAACUGCUCCCCCCACCCCUACUGGCUGCCCAACUUCAUGGACGUCUUCACCUGGUCUCUGCCCUUCGUAGGAGAGAAGGUGACAGAGAUGCUGGUUAACGUGCUCAACAUCUGCUCUGACGACGAGCUUAUGUCUGAAGGAGACGACACCUGCGAGGCUGGAACUUCUGCUGUGAGGAAGGAGGUAAUCAGGAAUAAAAUCCGAGCAAUCGGGAAGAUGGCCCGUGUCUUUUCUGUGCUCAGAGAGGAGAAUGAGAGUGUGUUACAGCUGAAGGGGCUGACCCCCACUGGGGCCUUGCCUGUGGGAGUUCUGUCUGGAGGACGGCAGACCCUGGAGAGCGCUACCGUACAGGCAGAAGAGGCACGAGGGUUCAACCCGCAGCAUAAGAUCCAGUCCUUCGAGGAGGCCCGAGGUCUGGACAGGGUCAAUGAGCGGAUGCCCCCUCGCCAAGAUGCUCCUCCCCCUCCCAACAACCUCCCAGCCAGUGGCCCACCUAACAAGAACGGGACCAACACACCGGCCUAGGCAUCUGGCCUACCUACCUCUGUAUCCCUCCCGCUCUCCGUAUCCCUCCCUCCUUCCGUAUCCCUCCCUCCCUCCCGCUCUCCGUAUCCCUCCCUCCCGCUCUCCGUAUCCCUCCCUCCCUCCCGCUCUCCGUAUCCCUCCCUCCCUCCCGCUCUCCGUAUCCCUCCCUCCCUCCGUAUCCCUCCCUCCCGCUCUCCCGCUCUCCCUCUGUAUCCCUCCUGCUCUCCGUAUCCCUCCUGCUCUCCGUAUCCCUCCCUCCCGCUCUCCCUCCCUCUGUAUCCCUCCCUCCCGCUCUCCCUCCCUCUCCGUACCCCUCCGUCCCUAUCCUACUCCCUCCGUGUCCCCCUCUUUUCCUGCUCUCCUCUUCUCCCUCCCUCUGCUCUCCGGUCUUGUGCCUCUUCUCCCUUUCUCUCUCCCUCUCUGAGGGGCAGUAGGAUGGGUCUUUGUUACUUGGCCUCCAGAGAAUCAGUCCUAGCAUCAUGUUUAUUUAUUUCAUCAUCUAGAAUGAAUCUAAUGUCAUUGGAGUUUAACAGUGGAUCUGAACAAAUGACACAUGAUUAAAUCUACAUUGUACAUUUCUAUAAAUGAUACAUGACGAUUCAAUCUACAAUGUACAUUUCUUUAUUGACUGUCCGUAGGCUGGGGCAUCACUGCCGUAUUAAAUAAAAGGCAAAUCCAUUUUGUAAUUUUGAGUUGAUAAUUGGGAUAAUAGUCAGACCACCUUUUUACCUAUUACCUGUUUGUGUGCUUGGCAAAGGAAGACCUACGCUGCAACUCAUAUAAAGGUCUUUGCCUAUGUACUUUAUAUCUUAGUAAUGUUAUCUAAUAUAUAAAGUACCUAUGCUAUGGUGCCUAAGAUAUAGUAUAUAAUGUACCUAGGCUAUGGUGCCUAAGGUAUAUAAAGUACCUAGGCUAUGGUGCCUAAGAUAUAUAAAGUACCUUCGCUGUGUCUGUGUCCCACCCAAAAAGAGCAAGCAAGAGCACUUGAAUAAAAAACGAGAAAUCCGUUUGAACCACAAUUGCAUUAAAUCCAUCCUUUCUAAUGCCAACGACAGUGUGACAAGAGUAUUGACAUUUAUAUUAUAUGUACAUUAUAAAUGUUCCCGUCUCUCAAUGUGAUUGACUGUUUUUGUUUUUACGAAAAAUAGAAUUAGGCAUCAUACCUAGAUCAGCGAGGGAUGUGGGAGGGAGAGGGAUGGGAGAGAUUUGUUUUCUCUCUCUGAAGACAUCAGUCUGUUACCAGUGGGGAAGUAGAAGCUAGAUGGUGUGUGUGUUUGAGAGUGUGUGGAAGAUGGUGGUAGUUGGAUGAUGACUAAGGGAAGGCUGUUUGGAGUGUGUGUGUUUGCAUGGGUGGCGGUAUUAAGGGGUGGAGGUAUUGAUGGUGGAUGGGGGUGGAGGUAUUGAGGGUCAAUAGAGAAUGGGGUUGACGCGUAUGUGAGCGGCGAUCGGGUCUCGUCUUGUUUCUGACUUCUGUUCCAGCUCCUCAACAUAUCUCACAGAAUGUACAGAGAUCGUUUAAUCAAGGUUUUUCUUAAUAGCUGAAUUUCAAAACUUUUUUUUGUCAAGUAUUUGUACUGCGAGGCCUCUGAUUUAUGUAGCUGUAUCCAUUCAAUAAAAAAAUGAAAAGAAA